CGGCGGCGGCGCUCGGGCUCGGGGCGGCGGAGCGCGGCCGGCGGCGGAGCGCUGCCGCGGGGCAUGGCCCUGGCGCCGGCCCCGGCCGGGCCCCCGCCGGGGGGUACCUCGGCGGGGGAGAUGGAGCGCUACUACUGUCUGCUGCGGGCCGCCGCGCUGUUGGAGGCCGCCGCCGCCGAAUCGACAGCACCCAUCUGUGCGAAGGACAUCAGCGAUGAGUUGAUGAAGCAGUUUGCUUUUCUUUCUGGUGGCCGAGGGAAGGACAAGGCUUGGAUCAUCACCUUGCCUGACAACUCUCGCUUCAACGAUGUGCCUGAGGACGUUAUAAGUAAGGUCUUAACGUACCUAACAUCGGUCCCGAGUCAACAUGAGUCGGACACCAAAUUUAUCCUAAUCCUGGAUAGAAGAUUGGACACGUGGACAUCAGUCAAAAUGACUCUCCAAAGAAUAGCAGCAUCAUUCCCAGGGAACCUGCACUUGGUGAUGGUUCUUCGUCCCACAGGGUUUUUCCAACGCACCUUCACUGACAUUGGAUUUCGAUUUAGCCAGGAGGAUUUUCUGCUCAAGUUACCGGUUGUUAUGCUGAGCUCAGUUAGCGACCUGCUGACAUACAUUGAUGAGCAGCAGCUAACCCCAGAGUUUGGAGGCACCUUGGAGUACUGCCACAGCGAGUGGGUCAUCUUCAGGACUGCAAUAGAGAGUUUUGCACUAACCGUGAAGGAAAUUGCACAGAUGUUACAAUCUUUUGGCACAGAGCUGGCAGAGACUGAGCUACCAGAGGACAUGUAUUCCAUUGAGCGCAUCCUGGCCCUGCGCACUGAGAAGUACUUCCAGCUCAAGGAAGAUAUUACAGCAGUCACAAAAGAAGGAAAGUUGCUUUUAAGCAAUUUAGAAGAUCCUGAUGUGGGUGAAUGCAGCCAGGACCAGCACCGAGAGAGACCUGGAGACUGGGAGACUGUGAAUAGGCUACUCGGGCAGCUGCGGGAGAUGGAGACUGCUUUUGAUGGCUUCUGGGAAAAGCAUCAGUUGAAAAUGGAGCAGUAUUUACAACUGUGGAAGUUUGAGCAGAGUUUUCAAGAGGUCAAGAAUGCCAUUGAAUUUUUAAUGGGUCAACAAGCAAAACUGCCUGACACUGGAGACAGUGUCUCCCAAGUGAAACAGAGGCUGAAGGACUUGAGUCAUUUUGAUGGUAUGGCUCAGGAUCUGAUAGGGAAGGCUCAGGUGGUGAUACUACACGGACACCAGCUAGCAGCAAAUCAUCACUAUGCGCUCAACUUAAUCUGCCAGCAGUGCAACGAGCUGCGGCACCAUUCUGAUGUCUUGUCUGACGAGAUCAAAAGGAAGCAGAUGCGGCUGCAGAAGACCUUGGAUCUUCAUACUCGCCUUCAGCAGGCCCUGCAAUGCUGUGAUGAGGGUGCCUACCUGCUUGCCAACCAGCAGAUGGACAAGUGCCAGUCUAAAGAAGGUGCUCAGAAAGCUCUCCAGGACAUAGAAAGAUUUCUUGAAAGCUCUUCGCCCUACUUAAACUAUGAUCCCCAAUCCCUACAAUAUGAUUUUGAGUCAGUCUUAACAGCUGAAUUGAAGUGCCAGAUACAGUCAGUGCAGGUGAAGCUUGAAAAUGUUCGAAGCAUGUUUGAGAACCGUCAGUCUUGCUUCAAGAAGCUGUUGGAUAAGCAUGUGCGUCCCGUCCAGUUAGUGGCCCCUCGGCCAGAAAACCCACCACGAUCCAAGUCACCAUUAUUCUCUCCUAAACAUGGUGUGGAUUUUAAUUCCAGUUUGAAAUUUUCAUUUGAUCUCUCUCUCCCUGGGAAGAAAACAUCAAGGAAAACUCCAAGUUCUCGCAAGAUCGAAGUAAUGCACGAUUAUCAGGAAAAACGGAAUUCCUUGCAGUCUUUUAUUUCAGACAGUGAUGACAACUUGGAUAUACUGAAAGGCCACGUCAUAAAUGAGCUUAUAGAAACUGAGAGAGUGUACGUAGAGGAACUGUUCACUGUUCUGACGGGCUACAGAGCUGAGAUGGACAACCCUGCCAUGGUCAUCCUUAUGCCUCCCGUGCUGAGGAACAGGAAGGAUGUCCUCUUUGGAAACAUGCCUGAGAUAUAUGACUUUCACAACAAAAUAUUCCUGCACAGUUUGGAAAGCUGCCUGGGAGCACCCGAGAGAGUGGGAUUUUGUUUCCUAGACAGGCGAGAGGAUUUCCAGAUGUAUGAGAAAUACUGUCAGAACAAGCCCCGCUCGGAGUCCCUGUGGAGGCAGUGCUCUGAGAGCACCUUCUUCCAGGAGUGCCAAAGAAAAUUAGAGCACAAACUCGGGCUGGAUUCCUAUUUGCUCAAACCAGUGCAGCGCCUGACAAAAUACCAGUUGCUUCUGAAGGAGUUGUUAAAGUACAGCACAAGCUGUGAUGGAGUUCAGGAACUUCAAGAAGCUCUGGUUGCAAUGCUGGAUUUGCUAAAAUCAGUCAAUGACUCUAUGCAUCAGAUUUCAAUAACAGGAUAUGACGGCGACUUGAGUGAACUAGGAAAAGUAUUGAUGCAAGGAUCUUUCAGCGUUUGGACAGGACACCGAAAAGGUCCAACAAAAAUGAAGGAUCUUGCCAGGUUCAAGCCAAUGCAGAGGCAUCUCUUCCUGUAUGAGAAAGCCUUGGUCUUCUGCAAGAAGCGAGAGGAUCAUGGAGAUGGAUAUGAUAAAACUUCAUCUUACAGUUUUAAGCAUUUUCUGAAAAUGAAUGCAGUUGGAAUAACUGAGAACGUGAAGGGGGAUCAUAGGAAAUUUGAAAUCUGGUAUAGUGGUCGAGAAGAGGUGUAUGUUGUGCAGGCCCAAACAGUAGAUCUGAAGAUGGCAUGGUUGAAUGAAAUCAGAAAAAUUUUAUUCAAGCAGCAGGAGCUCAUAAAAGUGGAGAAGCAGCAGCCUGGCUCAUGCACUGACCAGCUCCACCUCUCCUCCCAGCUGAGCGAUGGAAAGCAGCAGAGAGCCUCCAUAAGCUCAGAAGAGAACGACUCAGAGCGCACCAGCCCGGUACCGUUGGACAGCGUGCUCCUGUCACCCCAGAGCAAACCCCACAGAAGCUGGCCAGGAAUGUCACAGUCCCUGGAGAUCUGUGAGGGGCUGGAGGAGUGGUCGGGUAACCAGUACCUUUCCAACUGCUCGGACACUGAAGAGGAAGAGGGGAACCAGCUGUCUCCAGGAAAAUACAAAGCCCUUGCAGACUGCAAGAGGAGAGGAUCAGAGGAUCUGCUGGUGAAAAAUGGGGAUGAAAUUCAGCUUUUGCAUGAAGAUGGCGAGGGACAGUGGUUGGUGAAAAACCUAAACAGAAGAAAAGAAGGCUGGAUCCCUGUCCACAGUCUGCAGAUAGUAGUCGGUGAUUGUAGAUUUCGGAAUGCCAAAGUUGCAGAUGUUAACGCAUGGAUCUCAUGAUGGGAGAAGUUUGGUGAGAACUCUGCUCAGAGAAAGCACUGCUCAGGCAAUAGUGGUUGCAUGUUGCUCAUUUCAGAUGCCUUGCUAAAGCAUAAAAUGAUUUCUGCAUGUAUUAGGGAGGAGUCAUCCCUGUGUAAGAUGCGCAUCCCUUGGAAUGUCAGGGAUGUAGGUUAGAAUCCAAAUUCUUAGUCCACAACAGGCUAGGAAGCAAAAUACCUCUGCAGGUCCCCAGGCUGCUUAUACUCCACAGACCACCUGCUCCUGUGAUCCAGAGAACUGACAGCACCUGUGUCACUGAAGGGAAAACCAUGUUACCUCCAGCUGUGCUGCAGCACCCAGCUCAGCAAACUGAGAGCUGGGACAGUACUGAUGAAGUCCGUGCUGAAACCCAGUGCAGAUGCAUGACGUUUCAUCUCAGUGACACAGUGACAGUGCAGGAGCACGACAGCUCCCCUCUUGUGGAGGCUGAGUUCUUGUUCUGCUCUUCCUUUCUCUCAGCAGUGGUAAACAAAUGCAAGCAAAGGAAACAUCUUGUUCGCUCUAGAAUUUUCACGUCAGAGCAAAAUGAGGCCAAUGCAUUUCCAGCCUUUUUCAUCUGACCUUUAAAAUCUGGGCAGAGAGAUGGUUUCUGAUUUCCACUGACUGCAUGAAGGUUGUGUGAGGCUGAUUUCCUUCAGUGAGAGCAUGAAACGGAGCAGAAUUGAGCCCAAACCUGAGGAGUGUUCAGAGCAGCAGUUGGAAGAUGCUCCAUGCUAGGGCAGGUGCUGGCACCCACUUGUUUGCUGGCACCCAGCAUGCAGGCAGCCACAGUGCUCUCCCUUUGCAGUGUGAUGUAGGUCUGGCCAGGUUCCUGCUCCUGUGCUAUAUGUCAGACAUCUUCUCCUUUUGUUCAACAUUCCACUCGGCUAAUUCUCUCUUCCAAGCCUUAAGGGGAUCCCUGUGUGUGUUUGUGCACGUGUGAGUGUGUGUGUGCUCUUCAUGCUAAGCUGCCCCUCACUUGGACUGCCCGGAGUACAAAGCUUGUGCACCCGCUGCUCUGGCCGGCCAGGGCAGUGGCAUUGGCCUCUUGGCUGAGCUUGAGGCAACUCUUUACAUAGCACCGUGGGCCACGCAGUCCUAAUCUGCCUGAUGAGAGUGCGUGGCUGAAUGCCUGAGCUCUUGCAAAGUAGCGUAAGCAUGUUAGCUGAAAUGUGCAAGUUUUGUGUAAGUUCUGUUUAAAAUGCCACUUGUCGUUUUGCAAAUGUAGCACAGCUGUUUGCACUGUUACUCAUGCACUUUAAUGAUUGCAGCCACAGGCUUUAUGUGAGCAGAAUUAUUAUGCAGGGUCCGUUUAAGAUAAUGUUAAUUUUUGCCUUUGAAACUUAAGCAGGGUCUACAUUUACAACCAGUGAUGCCAGCCGGCCUCAUAGAACAGCUAUUUUGUGGCUGUAGAAAGCCAUUUUGCAAUGACAAAAUAAGGAUUCUAGAGACGAUAACCGCUGGCCAUGCUGUGAUAAUCAAGUGAUAGAUUACAGAAACAAGUCAAACCCUGUGGUCCUGCCUCAGCCAAGGCUCUCACUGAAGCUAAUGGGAGCUCAGCUUUCAAGGGAGAACCACGGGAGUGUGCUAUUUUUUUUCUUUGAUGUUAUACAAAUGUUACAUGAUUACAGGGAACAAUGUGUUUCUUGGAAUAAGAUGCUUUAACAUUAACAUCAUUCUUCAUUACUUUAUAGAUGCUGCCCUGUGUAACACGCGAAAGUUUAGUUCCCCUUGAGUUAAGGGCGAACUUGUAGCAUCCUGGUUUUGAUGCUCUUGGAAGCUUUCAACUACGUGUUACAGAGAAAUAGCACAAUAGUUGGAGUUUUCCUGUACUAUUCAUCACAUUCACAGAGCUCCACAGCUUCAUCCGCACUGAACGGGACCGGGGUCCUAAGCAGCUUCUCAUAGUCAUAAAGGAAGCCAUUCUCAGCUCCUUUUCUUUCCCCACACUAUGGAAAGUACAGUGUUUCAUUAUUUUUACCUGCUGUUUUCCAUGGCAUCCAUCAUGUUUCAUCAGAGAAGUCCACUGCAGUUUCCAGACACCUUGUGUAGAUGCUUGAAAUUUCCUCUGCAGGUUGAAGGCUUUAUCUGCUUAUUAGCUGGCAACUGUUGAAGCUGAUUGCAAAUAAAAGAGUUGAGUUUUGGUAAACCAAAAACAGACAAACAAAAACCACCAACAAAGAAGCUGUAUGUUCUGCUUAAUUGAUUUUAUGGAUGGCUUUUUCUUAAAAAUCUACUUCAGCUAUGUGAAUGUAAUGUUCUGUGAGAGCAUCACCUGGCUGACUCACGUGGAAGAUGCAAUAAUGCUAAAGAUCCUUUAUUUGCACUUAGGGUCUGAAUCCAGCCCAUUGCAGUCAGUCCCAUUGAUCUCAGUGAGGUUUGGAUCAGGUCGAACUGACAACUCAGGGUUGUCGCCAAUCACUUUAGGGUCCCACAGUGUCCCAAGGCUGAAACCUGUAUCUAGCAAGUGUUGAAGUUUACAUUAAAUAUAUGUACUUUUGGAACACGUGCCAUAAAUCAAAGUUAAAUGUCCAUGUUUGCACUAAGGAUGUUCAUGUGACAAGACUGUACUUUUCAGCAUCUUUAACGAUAAUGCAUCAGUUGUAUUUUCAAGGAAGAAAAGGAAUGUUGAACUCUCAGUUUAAUUUUGUGUUCCUUUGUCUAGUUUUGCUUUUGUAGAACAUAGGUGCAGGUGGUUUGACUUUUAAGCAGAUGCGUGCAAAGAGCAUCUGACCGUUGAGAACAGGGUUGAUAGUAUGCAUGCCUUAGAGGAUGUGCUCUGUCCCGUUGACACAAAAUGUUUUAUACCAUGGGCUGAAGGGGGACCUUUGUGUUCUGACUUUGAUUUGUGAGCCGUCAAUUCUUAGAUACAGUAUCAAGCUGUUGAGUUCAAACACACUGAGUGUUUUCGGUGACCGCUUUUGUAUGGAGGAAGGGUUGAACUGCUCCUUGGCUGUGGCUGCCCCGGGGGUUCCCCUGGGUUGGGUGGCCAGUGCUGGGGGCAGCCCCAUACAUCCCCAAAGCAGGACCACUGAGUCUGUGCUGAGCAACACUGCGAGACUUAGAAAGAUCCCAGUGUUCCUCAGCCAUUGGGAAUCAAACCAGGGAGGUUUUAAGUCACUGGCGAUUAUUUCUGCCUGUUUUAAAGCUGGUCACGGUGCGCUCGCUAGGUGGAAAAGUAGGAUUCUCUCAAGUUAGUAUGGGGGUUAUUUAUGGUGGUAACAAUUCUUGUGGUACCAGUACACGUUUUGAGGUACAGCUGUAAAUACUCGUCUCAAACACAGCACACACAUUGCGUAUGAAAUGGUUUUAAUCUUUUUUCUGUCUUCCAUAGUUUUAAAUCUAAGCUUUGGUUAAUUUAUGAGAUUGACUCGCUCUGCAACUCUGAAUGUACAGUCUGAGAUUUUUAACAUUUGGAACUUUGCACACGACAUGGUCUAUUACCUUUAGGUAUGCUGUUGAACUAGGCUCUUCAUGUACAUGUUAUUAUGAAUUACAGUAGAGAGUUUUCUCUGACUGCAAGUUUAAAUGAACGAUACUGUAUAUGUACCUGUAAAAAAACAAAAAUGUGUUAAAUCUAUAUUUAAAGAUUAAAGAGUUGUUAAAUAAAUUCAUAUGAGAAUAUGCA